UGUGCCAUUCUCACUGCUAGCCCAGGUGGGAAACUUCAGGGACUGUUUCUGAUUAUAAGAAGGAUCAUGAAAAAGAUAAUUUCCAGUGAGGCAUGUUCAUUGAUAUCUCUUUUACUGAAAGGCCUGCAAAAACAUUCAUAUUCUCACAGGAAACAGGCCUCCCUGCCGUUUUGUUUUCCAGGAGGGAAUGUGAGGAGUCGGGUGAAAGGAGUUCCUAAGUAACAUGAAGUGCUGCUCUGGUGCUGGCCGCAGACUGCCCUGUAUCAGUGACAGCCUCUUGGUCCCUCUUUGCAGAGCACAUGGAAAAUCAGCCGCUGGUUUGCAGCUGCCCAAACAGCACCAUGGACAUUGUCUGGAUGAGACCCUGCCCUGGCUCAUGCCCCUGGCAGACCUGGCAGCAUCCUCAUCCCUCCAGGGAUGGUCUCUGCAGUGCUGGUGCACCCCAGGAGCAGAGGGGGGCUCCCUGAGGCCCAGCCACGGGGCCAUGGCUCUGCUGGUGGCAGUGGCACAAGUGCUGCUGCUUCUGGGUCUGGCUGGGGAGUCCCAGGGCCUCUGCUCGCCCACUGCCUUCUACAAGAACUGCUGGAUCCGGCGCUUCCCAGGCCUCCUGCUGGACCUGCGGGAAUCCCAGAGGAGGGGAGCCCAGCUGCUGAAGAGUUAUGCAGAAGUCUCCUCCCAGCAGUGCAGCAGGACCUGCUGCCUUCUGAGGAACGUCUCCUGCAAUCUAGCAGUGUUCUACCAUGGAGCCAUUCAUGAGAACAGGAACUGCCUGCACAUGUCUUGCCCAGCUUUGGAAAGCUGCAUUCUAAAGGCUGGAGUUGAUGUCAUUUUGUACAACAUCACAACAGGGAUUGAUCCAGAUCUUCUCAUUUUCGAGAAACUGAAAUCCCAAGAGCCAAAUGCUCACUCCUCAGUGAAUGAAUCUGAGAAGCAGAACAGCACAAAGACCCCUGAGUGGGGAAGAUGCCAACAUCACAAUGCCACCACAUCAGGUUCUCCUCUGCUCCGAGCUCCACCUGCUGCCAUGAGCCAUGGCUUGCCAGCAAACACUCCCACCCGCAGCUGGAGUCUGACAAUGCAGAGAACUGAAGGUACUGCCUAUUCCAGGGCAGAAACUUCCCCAGCAGACAUUGCUUUUGCUAAGAGGACAAGCAGCAGGUCGGUCACCAGCUCAGACGAGACUGCACACUCAGCUUUGAGCCCCAAGCCUGUUGAGAUGUUAUCCCACAUGCCCACCCCUCCUCGCCUGAACAGCAGCAAGCAACACCUCAACGAAACCAAAGGCUCCAGUGGGAGGAAUUCCACGUCGGAUAACGAGGCAGCUGCCUGGGAAGCUGCAGCUUUGGGGGUCUGGCUGAUUCCUGUUGUCCUCUGCUCCUCUCUCCUCUGCCUGUGCUGUUGCACUGCUGCCCUCACAGCCGGGCGCUGCAGCUACAGGAGGGGACACUACAAACCCGUAAGGACAAGGACAGCGAUGUCCAGACAGCUCAUAAAAUAUGCUCCUGUCAGAGGUAAUCUGUGAAACACCACCCUGGCUCUGGAACAAACAGGAUUUUAAAAAUGCACUCCAUAUAUCAGCUUACUUCUCUCACAGAACCAGUGAUAACUUAGUUCAGAAUAUUUUGGUUAUGAUUUAAUUCUUGGCAAAUGAAGCACAACUGCCUGUCUCUUUAGGUAGGAAGCACCCACUCACAGCUCCCACUGUUUGAGGCAUUUUGGUUCAUCCUGUGAUGCAGAUUAAUGUCUGACAAACACUGUAACAGUUUCCCCCAGGUUCAGUGCAGGUAACUGCUAUAGUUAUCUUUGUGCUUUUCUAUUUGCUACCAAAAGAAUAAACAUUCCAUGAAAUGCAGGAAUACACAAGUGACUUAUGAAAUCGUCUUUUUGUUUGAAAUGGUCAAAAUGAUCAAGUUUUCUGCCAAAGAAAGGCUAAACCUAAACUCAGAGAGAAACACUUGGUAAAGAACUGGUUUUUUUGAUGCCUUUCUUCAAGCUGAAUACAGCCAUUAAAAUUCUGCUUGUGUUCACUUUGUAGUCUCAAGCGCUGCCAAGAAAGCAAUUCAAACUUCAAGACCUUGCAGCACUACAGUCCAAACAUAAUUUCUCCAGAAAACCUGGGAAUAUAAUAAAAUUAUUAUAGCUACAUAA